GACAGUCAAGGCGAAAGCACGUUUCAGAACCACGCGUAUCAACUUUUUAUUUUCAAGCCUACAUUUCGAUUCAACGCAAUCAGACUUUAUUGUUGUGAAAUAAUUAGAUUUUCGAUCCUUUUUGAAGUAAAUAACAAAUCGGAAUCAUAAAAUCAAUGGGAGAAAAUGGACAAUGAAAGGAAAUAUUCGACGAAAAGUGGUGUCAACCAAGGACACAGCUCUGAUGAACCACUGAAAUCGAACAGCCGGAUGGCGUCUGUAACUCCGAACAACGUUCAGUCGGCUGAUGCAUCCGCUAUCAAACAGGAAAGCGACAUCAAACAAGAGCCAGUGUCUGUUGGUGAAUUGGUUGACGUUUCGGUAUCGACUCAUCGCAAUGCGGUACAUGUUCCUAGUUUCGAUGAACGUGACACUGAAUACGAUUUUGAUCACUUGAGCUGGGACGAGGCCAAGGCCGAGAAAGAAGAGAAGGCGAAGACAAGUGCUGACAACGGGAAGCAAGCGAUGGUUGACCAACAAGACCGACAGCCGCCUUCACAGAAUAGAGAAGAUUUACGCAUGCCAGAAAGUGGCAAUGUGGCUCACAACAGACAUCAACGAGGCGGUAACGCUUAUGGAAACACAUCAAAGCCACACAAGUGUGAGUUUUGCGAAUAUUCCGCUCAAUAUAAGUGCCUUUUGAAUCGGCACAUGUUGAAACACACUGGCGAGAAGCCACACGGAUGCACCCUUUGCCCGAAACGUUUCAAAGAAAAACGAAAUCUCCUUGGUCACAUGAAAGCUCACGUCCAAGAGUUUCUGUUCUAUUGCUUGGGCUGCUUGCAAGGAUUCGAUGGAAAGGAAGAGAAGACGGAACACGAAUCGAACUGCAAAAUUCGUCGCUACGAAUGUCAUUUGUGCAAAAAAUCGUUUGGUUCACACAAGAUAAGGAUUGUGAAUCACAUUCGUGUACAUAGCGGUGACAAACCGUUCGAAUGUGAAGAAUGCUUCAAGCAAUUUUCAGAGAAAGGCAGUCUAAGCAAACACAUGAAGCUUCAUGCCGGUGCACGUCCAUUCCGCUGUUCAAAAUGUCACGAAGGAUUCUCAGAUCAAGACGAAAGAGAUUCACAUGAGGAGGAGUGUAAUCGUCGUGUCUACAAAUGCUAUGUUUGUCGCAAAUCAAUUGGUUUGAAGAAAUUUCAUUUGAUUGGUCAUAUGCGCACUCACUCUGGUGAAACACCGUUCCAGUGUACAGAGUGUCCAAGAAAAUUCUCUCAAAAUUAUCAGCUCAAGAGGCACAUGUACACACAUAAAACGAAUCUUCCAUUCGAAUGCUUGAUCUGUCGUCGGGGUUUUCUGAAGAACGACAAACGGAAGGAACACCAACGAAACUGCAACGGACGCUACUACGAGUGUUACUUGUGCAAGAAGUUGUUCCGUUCAUCCAAGGACCAAUUGAAAGGUCACAUGCACACGCAUUCAGGCGAGAAACCAUUCCGCUGCGACCUGUGUCGCAAAACAUUUACAUGGAAAUCGAAUUUGAACAGGCACAUGAAAAACAGUCACCGCAAAUAAUACUGAAGGACGCGAUUUGCUUGUACGGAUAUUCCCAUGGGGAAGUCAGACAACGUUUAUUUUCAUCGAAUCAACUUCAUUGAAUGAACAAAAAAAAUAUAUCGAGAAAAUUCCAAUAUUCUAAAAAUACCUAUGUAUCUCAAGUGAAUCCAAUGUCGUAUGGCCAAUAAAUCAAUAUAGAACAGUUUUUUCCAUUAUAUAAUCUUA